AUGGAUUCUUUUAAACAAAUUUGGGGUGAAGGUUGUAGCAGUAGUGAAUCUGGUUGGACUAUGUAUAUUGAUUCUCCAAUGCAAGAAGAGGAUGCUAGAUGCAGCAAUGAAAAUGAUGGAUAUAAUCAUAAUCAUCAUGAAGUCUACGGCGAAAAGAAUCGGAGAAAGAAGAAAGUUGAUGAAGAAGAAAGCGACGAUUCAAUGGCUUCGGAUGCUUCGUCCGGGCCGAUGAAUUAUCAACAACAUCGCGGCGGAGAAGGGAGGAACGGUACGUCGGUGUCGAAGAAAGAUAAACAAGAUCAUGGAAGUAAGAGUUGUUCUAAGAAGAAUGGAAGUAAACAAGAGAAGAAACGUGUGGAUAGUAGAAGUAAGAAAUGA